UCUUUCACAAUUCUCUCGUCCCUCCCUGCCUUCCCUCGCUUUGAUUUUUUUUUUUUUGUACGCAAAUGUCCGCCCAAGCCAGUGUCCCAGUAAGGUGGCAGCAGCAGGGGAUGAAUGAGGAGAUGGAUGGAGGGAUGGAGUGACCUAGAAGAAAACAGAGAGUCAGGGAUAGAGAGCUAAAAGGAGCACGGAUGGAGAAUGCUGGGAAACCCUCAGAUCCCGAGCGUGUUGGCGGUCACAUGAUCUCAAGAGAUGACCUGGAAUAUCCACGGGAAUACCGGACGCUGGGGAACAACGCUCGGCGCUUCUCCAAUGUUGGUCUGGUGCAUACGUCUGAGCACCGGCACACAGUCAGUGCGGCGCAGAGCCUGGAGGCCCUGACCAACCUGCACAAAGCUGACAUGGAACGCAAGAGGGACGCCUUCAUGGAUCACCUGAAGAGCAAGUACCAACAACAGCAGCAGCAGCAGCAGCAGCUUCAGCAUCCACACCACAGCCCUCACCACAACCCACCGUCGCCCUCACCCUCCCACGCCAGCAUGAGGGGUACAUCAGAGCGAUCUGCAAGAGAACAACAACAGCCCAACUACUGGAGCUUUAAGAGCCGCAGUCCACGCCACUCCCAGUCUACCCAGUCUGGUCUUGCCGACCAGGCUGCCAAGCUCUCUUUUGCCUCCGCUGAAUCCUUGGAGACUAUGUCAGAAGCCGACAUCCCCAUUGGGUUUAACCGGAUGAACCGAUUUCGCCAGAGUCUGCCGCUGUCCCGCUCAGCCAGCCAGAAUAAGCUACGAUCUCCAGAUGAAUUUUCAGGCGUGCUGUUUCUGCAAUAUGGAGAUGAGACGCGCCGGGUGCACAUCACCCAUGAGCUCACCAGCCUGGAUACGCUGCAUGCUCUCAUCGUGCACAUGUUCCCUCAGAAGUUGACAGCAGGUAUGCUGAAGUCACCCAACACAGCCAUCCUGAUCAAGGACGAGGCCCGUAAUGUCUUCUACGAGCUGGAGGAUGUCAGAGACAUUCAGGAUCGCAGCAUCAUCAAGAUUUACCGCAAAGAACCCAUCUAUGCUUCUUAUCCCGCUGCCGCACACCUGGCCAACGGGGACUUGAGGAGGGAAAUGGUCUACUCUUCCCGCGACUCCUCCCCAACUCGCCGCUUAAAUACCCUUCCUUCCUCCAACGCCUCAGCAUCCUCUGGGUCUCCUUCUCGCUCACGCCUCUCCUACAGCGGGGGCCGUGCUCCAUCCUUCGGUGGAUCCCAUCCCCAACAUGAUCAGCCCCGACACCCACACCAUCCCUCAGCCGGCCAUGGUGCCAACGCAGGUCUGUCCCCUUCACCUAGUGCCAUCCUGGAGCGCCGCGAUGUCAAGCCUGAUGAAGAGGUUUCUGCUAAAAACAUGGCACUGAUGAAAAAUGAGGGGCUAUAUGCCGAUCCCUACAGCUUGAUGCACGAAGGCCGCCUCAGCAUCGCCUCCACCCAGUCAUUAGCUGCGAUCGGAGACCCCUUUAGCUUCCCUGUUUCCGCUGGCCUGUACCGACGUGGCUCUGUGCGCUCCCUCAGCACCUACUCAGCUGCUGCUCUCCAGGGAGACCUGGAAGACUCGCUCUACAAGCCUGGAGGUUCACUAUACUCAGACACAUACUCUUCUGCCACUCUGGGCAUGGGAUUUCGCAUGCCACCGUCAUCCCCACAGAAAAUCCCUGACAUGCAGCUGAGGGACAGGGACUCUUAUUCCAGCACACCCAGAGCCUCACCUGUCAGACAGAGUUUCCGCAAGGACUCUGCCUCUUCUUCUGUGUUUGUGGAGAGCCCGAAAUCCAGGCCCAGCUCCAGUUCUGAUCCUCUGUGUAUAACAGCUGGACCUGGAGAGGGCAGCCGCACCACAUCUGGGUUUGGGUCUUCGUUAUCCGGGCAAGAUUCUGACAGUAGCAGGGAUCAUCGCCUGGAGCGUAUGGAGGCCAUGGAGAAGCAGAUAGCCAGUCUGACUGGGCUCGUCCAGAGUGUGCUGACCAGAGCACCAGACAGUGACAGCACAUGUGGCCUGCUGCGUCUCUGCAUGAUGGCGGGCUGCCCUCCAGACCAAGGGACGGAGUUUUCACGGCCAUUACCUUUCUCUUCCAGCGAGAAGACCGAAACCAACAGUGAUGGCUCCGCCACUGGAACCGGACGACAGAAGAAGAAAGCAAAUACACCGUCGGCACCUCUAGCUCUGAUGCCGCCGCCACCUUCUAACUCAAUCCAGGUGAACAGCAUUGGUCGCUUGCAGAUGCAGCUCCAUCUUCACGGUCUGCAGCAAAACGCUAGCGACCUGCGCAAACAGCUCAACCAGCUACGCAAGAUCCAGCUAGAGAACCAGGAUUCAGUGCGAACGCUGCUGAAGCGGACAGAGGCGGAGCUGAAUGUGCGCGUGACUGAUGCCCUGAGGAAACAGGAGGAUCCUCUCCAGAGGCAGCGCCUCCUGGUGGAGGAAGAAAGACUCAAAUAUCUCAACGAGGAGGAGCUCAUCAUCCAGCAACUCCACGACCUGGAGAAGUCAGUGGAGGAGAUCCAGAAGGAGUCGUCUGUCAACCACAAGCUGGUGACAGUGCAGGAGCUGGAGGAGAAGGCCACUCUUCUGAGAAAGCUGGGAGAAACACUCACGGAGCUGAAAAAUCAAUUCCCGGGUCUGCAGAGCAAGAUGCGGGUGGUGCUCCGGGUGGAGGUGGAAGCUGUCAAAUUCCUGAAGGAAGAGCCACACAGACUUGAUGCCCUGUUAAAACGAUGCAAGACUAUAACUGAUACCCUUGCUACCAUGCGCAAACAAGCAAAUGAGGGAGUAUGGAAGAAGCAAGAAGACUUCACUAGUUCAUCAUCCAAGCACAACGAGGACUUGCGAAAGUUUGCAGACUUUGAAAUCCCCACCAGCCCACCACUCGCCAUCAACGAUCUCGGGGGAGGCAACAGCUUGUCCAAUUGGAGCCCUCACACCAGCCUCAGCCGUGGACAUGGCAACCCAUCCGGCCUUCACAAGGAUAAUCAUCCUCCUGUUCCCCACAAGGGCAAAGCUCUGGAAGAGCUUGAGCGUCGUGCUGCUGCUGACAAAGCUUUGUCCAUGGAGGUCCGACUGGCAGCAGAGCGGGACUGGGAGGAGAAGCGGGCCAGUCUAACCCAGUACAGUGCUCAGGACAUCAACCGUUUAUUGGAAGAGACCCAGGCUGAACUAAUGAAGGCUAUUCCAGAUUUGGAUUUUGCUGCCAAGCAGAUUAAGCCCUCCUCCAACACACCAUCAACACAGACCCCCCAGAGUGGGGCAGCGACCCCAGACCACCGUGCCAACAAGCCCCAGCACAAGCUUUCUGGGAAAGAGGGAGGGUCCAGGCGUGGCUCUGAUGAGCUGACAGUACCUCGGUAUCGCACAGAGAAACCCUCCAAGUCCCCGCCACCUCCACCGCCUAGACGCAGUUUCCCCUCAUCUCCCGGUGUGACCACUCGCAGUGGGGAGCCACUAAUUCCUGUAAAAAGCAUAAAGAAGGCUGAAUCUGAAGAGACAGAGGGACAGAAACCUCACAUAAAACUGAGGAGGACCGUGUCCGAAAACCCUCGUCCUUCAUCAACACCUCCCACACUGGCUUCUGAAGAUAAAGAGGAGGGAGAGGAGGAGAAAAUUGCUGCCGAAUUGGAGGGAGGAACUAUUUCCGGUAGCGGGAAGUUUCUCCACUCCUCGGCUGCCUCCAAACUGAAGCACCUGCAACAAAACAGCACAGAAAAGACUAAAAGUGGCAAAAGAGAGGACUUCAUGAAGGUCCAGGGCCAGCAACAGAUGUGCCCAGCUUGGGUGAUCUCUCUCCUUGGCGCCGAACUCAAGGCGAAAGGGACCUACAGCACCAGUGGCAGCAUUGAGCCAUACCUCUCUGGUAUCAAAACGGGCAUUUUUUCAGGCCGAGUGGCCUCUCCUGCAGCAGCAUUUGUUCCUGGUCUGAGGAAGUAUCCCCAGGAGGGGGCGAUGCCUGCACUUACAGCCUCCUCAAGCCAAGCAAAGGCCCUCUUGGCAAGCCUAUCUGCUUCCGGCCUGAGCGCUGAGGCCUUGCUCCUUUCCUCCGCCCUUCGUCAUCACCGCCUUCUACGUGAGCAGCGAGCCUCCUCCCUGCCCCUGCCCAGCAGCCAAUCCUCCUCCCCUACUCCAACUGCUACCUCCUCCUCUUCAUCCUCGCCAAGCACCCCGACUCCAUCCCUAUCUCCCUCCUCUCCCACCUUUGGUUCCUUUACCUUCUCCUCUGGAGUUCUCAAGCCCAGCAGGCGUAGCCUCGACAGCUCCAGCCUCAACAGGUCCAAGGAUGGUGGCAACAAGCCUGUGAAAAAGGACCUUUACCCUGGCAACAAGUGAUGAAUAGGAGGAGGAUAAGGACUUUGGAUACAGUUCUCAACCACAACCAUCACAUCAUGAACCAUAAAGAUGAACUCGCUGCAUUAUGGAACAAUAUUCUUUAUAUUCCAGUUCUUAUAAGAUUUUUGAAUUUUUCUUUUCUUGUUUUUUCUGCUUCCUUUUAUUGCACAGUCUACCACAGUGUAAAUGGAGUCACAGUUUUCUUCACGGACAAGUUUCCUACUCUGAUCCAGUACCUUAGUUCUACUGCAGUUCUACCACAAAGUCAUUCUGUCACCUUCCCAGAUAGAGAGUGCACAAACAGGCCUCCCCUCCCACCAGCUACCUGCUAUAAGCUGAUGUGGUCUGGAUGUAUUUGCUGACACCACCAUUCUCACAUACAUACUCUCAGUGGGUUGUUAGUGGCAUAGUUGAAAUAUCUAGACGGUGACUUUGAUCAUAUAGAAAAAAGAGCUGCAAUAAUCACCAAGUGAGUUCAGUAGUUGUGUGUGUCCAGGAUAGUAAUGUUUUGACUUACCUGCAUCACCUGACAGAAUGUGAUUCCACUCGGAAAACAAAAAAAUAUUUAAAAAAAAUCAGAAGGUGGCCAAGGUGAUGAACGAGGUUUCAAGCUGUUUAGUGUUAAAAGGGCAUUUGUGGCUUUUUUUAAAUCGCCUGUUUUAAACUCUAAACUGGUGCUAUGUUUUCCCCUCUGUUUGUACAAACUGAGCUUACACAGUUGUUUUCCCCCUCCUGUCUCGGAGUCCGCUUUAAUUUAAUUUUGCAUUUUAAUCUAUAUUUACAACCCUACAAACGAAAUAGUUGCAUCAGCAAUUAGGGACAUUUAAAGUAGAUGUCUAAUUGGAAAACUGGAAACUGCAGUGCAUUCACAAGAAUAUAGAGAAGGCAGCAGUCCUGAAAUAGCACAAGUCUUUUUAAAGAAACGACAAAGAGGCACGGUUACGCAAACAGAAGGGAAAAGUGCAAACGAUGAAUUGUAUUCAAAUGUUGGUUUUCAUAUGUGUGUAUUAACUAGUUAAUUAUGACAAUCAGGAUGUUUCCACGGUAGCAUCUUCUAGGUUGCUCUGGCAUUACAGAGCCUGACAUCACAACCCAUCCCAAAGACUUAAGCACACACACUGAAGAACAACACACAAACACACAGUCUCUCUCUCACACACACACACACUUGAAAAAGCAACCUGUACAGCACAGACUCAACAAUUUAUUUUUUUCUUUCAGCCAAUCUCAUGUGAAUAAUCAUCGUAGGUCACAUCUGUUUCACCACUUAUAAAGAGCACUCUGGUAAAUUAUGCCAUAUUAAUCUGAUCUCACCCUCCAGAUCUACAGACUGAUAGAUCCUUUCUUUUGGGAUACUUGAGUUCAAAACUAAUCACAUCAAAGUUUAGGCCUUAUUGUAAAAUAUAAUACAUUCUGUAAAUGAGCAGAUGACACAAAAAGCCUAAAAGUGAGUCUUACAAACCAAGAGCGACAUGAGAGGAAAGUAUUGACAUUUAAAGCAAGCACAGUUGACUCUCAAACACAAAAUCCCCAAUUAACGAGAAUUAACUUUGUAAUUCUUGUUAAUUAUGACAAGCACAAAGGUCAAAGCAUUCCCAUAUACAUUUGAUAUGCUACACAUUAGAUUCCAAGUAUCGCUUUGGUUAUAUUACCUGCAUUUUGAAUCAUGAAACUUUUAUGAAUGAAGGCCUUCAGUGUUUCUCAAUGAUAGAAACUCAAGGUGGGAUUAUUUUCAAGCACAUCAAAGGUCUGUCAGUGUGAACCCUGCACGAGGAACCUCUUUGGAAGCUGCUUGUCCUGCGUGUUUGCCUCGAGGCAGCCUGCUGGGGAGGUGAAGUAGCUGAAUGGACCGUAACCGACAAAGUGAUUCUUCUCAGUGGUUCUCCAGCAUGACUGUGUGAAAUCAAUGCUUUGUGGCAUUGAGGUUUAAAACAUGUGAAAAGGGGCUCAUGUCAAAGAGUAGGCAGCUUUAGGAGAGGGGAUUAGUUUGGGGACAUGUGUUUGAAGGAUACUUUAAUAAGGCCGGCUUUGACUCGUCCUGUGUCCAUUGAGAGCGCUUGUGAAAUAAAAGACCCAAAGAGAUGAGAGGAAGGGUCUGACUGCCCUCUUCACUUUGCAUUCUUUGGUGUGAAGGAUCUCUGAAAGUCAAAAGUGCUCAGCUGAGGUUAUCCAAGAACAAAGUUUGACGAGCCUCAAUUAUGAACAAUGUGUGCAAUAUAUAAUUAGCGCUCUUGCAAUUUUACCAAGGCAGUGCUCUUUGCCUUUGACAUAUUCCUGCCUGCUUAUCUACAAGGACCUGUAACCAUGUUUUUCCCAGUGCCUCUAAGACGUUGCUCCUGCCAGAACCCCCCAAAUGAUCUUGUAUUACAGUAGUAGAUCAGCAGCAAUGACAGAAUAACCCUUUUACCCAAAGAAGAAGCUGCGAGAACUGGUUUGUUCCCAUUUUUCGCAGCUAAAAGAAAACGGCACUUGAAAUGCAGUGUGUCAGGUUGCAGCAGUGGCAUUUGACUAAACACUCCCCAGCUCUAACAGUGUGCACAACUGCAAGCUCGCAGCACAGCGAAUUAAGUCUCACCCCUGGGUGCUCUGUAGCUCUGCCAGGCAGGUUCAAGCCCCGGGUUUCAUAUUGAGUGAAGUCAAAUGAAAGAAAUUCACUUACUCAUGCUGUUCCACACUCAAAUCCAUAACUCUCCAAGUUAAAUUUGCUGCAUUUGCGUCUGGUGAGCAAUGAGGAGGAAGCAUGCACGCUUGGCUGCUUUCCCCCAAGUAAAGUCUGAAAUGAAACCCUCCCAGAAUUGCGUGACAGUGCUCUCUGGACUUUUUUUUUUUUUUUUUCAAGACAAGUGUUAGUGGGCUGUGAUUUCAACAUGGCUGGAGGUUUAGAGGGCAUGUCGAAAAAAACUCACAGUGGAUGCCUCUGGCAAUCAGAAAAACUCAAACUUGAAAUGAAACAUAGAAGAAAUAUACAUAUAUAAAUAUAUCUAAGUGAGAUGUUUGUGUAUGAUAUUAUAAUUGUGAAGAAAAUGUGAUAUAUAUAUAUAUAUAUAAAUAUAUAUAUAUAGGCCUAGAUUAAAUUAUAUACUGUAAAAUGUCAUCAUAUCUUCUGUUUUAUAUAUUAGUGACCAUUUUGUACAGAUUUUUCUUUUUUUAAUUCAUUGAGAGAUAUUGCAUUUCACACUGAGAUUAUUUAUUCAUAUGCAGAACAUUUUUAUAUUUGUUUAAAAUCUCUGUAUAGAUAAGAGUUAGCCUCUGUAAUAUACUCUGAAGUUAGUUCAUUUUUAAAUUCUAAAUUUUUCUUUACGAACACCAAGUUAGAUUUUAUGUAAUUUUAAUUUGUAAAGAAAAAACACACAAAAAAAGCUUUUCCCUGAAAAUACUUGUCCAGCUCGUGUACACCUUUGCCUCUUUAUGUGAAAGGUCACUUUAAGAUAUAAGAGGCUGGACCAGUGCCUGUGUGUUGGGCUUAUUUUGCUACUGUUGUUUUAUUUUGGGAAGGGUACUUUUUUCUGUAACUGUGAUUAGUUUCUGUUUUAUUUUUAAUUUUGUUUUUUUUUUGUUUCUCCCCAUUCUGUGUCGUGAUGAUUGAGCUGGUAUUAAUGAUACUGGAGAUGGUCGGAAACAAAUGUUGUAGUAACUGUGAGUUUGUGGGCCUGAAAGCGUCAUACAAGGCCUUGCUGCUUUGAAAAAAAAGGAAUAUUACUUGGCUUUAAUUUAUCUCUGUGUCAUGCUUGCCUGUGAACAGGGAUGGCAGGAAUGUGGAUCCUCAGUGCAGAAAGAUUCAGGCAGGUGGAAGCUCAUUUUUGUUGCUUAUAUUGCUCCACCUGUUCCUCUGAGUGGCUUUACAUAGCAGUUAUGCUAAACCAUAAAUGUAAAAAAAACCAGAAAGUUGGAUUAAUAAGGGAAUUAUGUGGAGUUUUAUGAAUUUAACCUUUUAUCUUUUCUUUUGCCAUUGUAUCUUUUUUUUUUUUUUUAAAUAUAAUGAAUCUACAUUCUAUAGUAUGUAUAUGAGAUUUUUACAUGAAUGUGUGGAUGUUCCAAACUCUUGGCAUCAAAAGUAGAAAAACAAAAUUGACUUGUAAAUAGGCCAAGUCAUUCCUAGCGAGUUCAACAAAUUGUUAUGUCCAAAAGAAGAUGUUUAAAUAAUAAACUAUGACGAUGGGUACAAAGGUAUAUACAAAACAAUGCAUGUAUAGUCUCAAGCAAUCGCACGGUGAUUUUAAAAAAAAAUAUGUUGUCUACAUGUUUUCUCAGAAAUGUGAGAAUAAAGCAGAGAAGGGUUCUAUGUUAUAGGUUUACAAACAUGAAGGAUGAGACAUUAUUUUGGUAUGUGUGACACGGGCAUGUUCAGUCUUACUGUGACGUUAUGUGACAAUGAUGAUAGUGGCUGAGAGUGCGAAAAGGAGUCAGGAAUGCUUGAACGCACCCCAACCAGAGAAGUCACCAGUGAUGGUGUCCUCUUUCCACAGAGUAACUCUCCCAUUUGUAGAGUAGUGUGAUAUAACAACAAAAAUAAUACAGAAAAUAGAUCUAUGAUAUAAUGAUACAUAAAUUUAAAAGCCUACUGAUACUGGAGAUACUAAUUUAUCAGUGUGGAUGCCAUGAUAUUCUGUGAGAAAUGUGUGUGUUUUUCCUGUGAGAAGACAGCAGGCAGUUGAACCUGCCUUCUUUUGUACAUAAGUUGCUGUGAUUGUGUGUCAAAUAAAGU